AUGGGAGGACCCCAACCGGGGACAGGAUAUGUAGCCGUCCCCAUUAAUUCCGGGGACGUGAGAGAUUUUAAGAAGGAAAUGGGAAACCUACUAGAAGACCGACUGGGAGUGGCAGAGCAGGUGGACCAGUUUCUAGGACCAAAUAUUUACACUUGGGAGGAGCUACAGUCCAUCCUGGGAAUCCUGUUCACAUCUGAGGAAAGAGGGAUGAUUAGGCGAGCUGGCAUGCGAAUCUGGGACCAACAACACCAGCAAGAGGAUGAACAAAGCAUAAACCCAGAAGUUUGGUACACUCCAGACAGUGUGGGCAAAUUGAAUAUUAAACCUUUUAAGGCCCUGGAACAGAUACUGCAGGACUAUAAUAAAGUGCCGGGAGUGACGUUAGUACAGUAUGUGGAUGAUCUGUUGAUAGCAGGAAAGGAUGAAGAAGUGGCCCUGGAACAGAUACUGCAGGACUAUAAUAAAGUGCCGGGAGUGACGUUAGUACAGUAUGUGGAUGAUCUGUUGAUAGCAGGAAAGGAUGAAGAAGUGGGGCGCUGCGUGCCCAGUGCUGGCGGCACCGAGAAGAGCUCUGAAAUGCUGGCUUGGUGUCCAGCAGAGGAAGCGAGUGUCGGUGAGUCCCUGGCAAAGAUGGCACCACAGUUCCCCAUCCUUAUCAAGAGGAACAUCCACUUCCCCUGCUUCGGCUUCUCCAAGGGCAACAUUCAAGCUGCUGAGAGCAGUUACUUGAAAAGCUGCACCUUCAACACCACCUCUGCCCUUUACUGCCCCAUCUUCAAGCGGAGCUUCAUCGUGGAGCAGGCGGGAGAGAACUUAAGGGAGCUGGCAGAGAAGGGUGGGGUGGUCACCAACUGGAACUGUAACCUGGGCCUGCCUGAAACCGACUGCAACCCCCACUACUCCUUCCACCGCCCCGAUCCCAAGACCACUGUCCCAGGCAGUGGCACUUGCAGUCCUGCAUCCUCCUCCUGCCCUCCCUGGUCCUGCUGUGGCUGGUCCCCAUCACUGGGCCCUUCUACCUGUCUCCCCAGGAGGUCUGCGAAGUAUUACAAAUGGAACGGGACCCACACACGAGUGUUGAUCAAGGCCUGUGGGAUCCAUAUUGAUGUCAUCGUGCAGGGCCAGGCAGGGAAGUUUAGCCUGAUCCCCACUGUCAUCAACCUGGCCGUGGCUCUGACCUCGCUGGGAAUGGGCUCCUUCCUCUGGGACUGGAUCCUGCUGAGCUGCAUGAACAAGGACCAGGUGUACAGCAGCAGGAAAUUUGAGCAGGCACCACCCUAGAUCCUGGCCCUGGAGGUUUGGUCCUCUGGGACAGAGCAGUGGCCACGCUGCCAGCAAGGCAGGGCAGGGUGCCUGGGCACGGCUGCAGGCUGGGCAGCAGCAUGUGGCUGGGGCUGCCAGGGCAUCUGGCCCCUCCAGCCAUCUCUCACCCCCGCGGCAGGCUGAAGGUGCCUCAGAGGCUGCUCCACGACAUACAGCACCUCAGGGCUCUCCAGCCUCCAGAGAGUCUGUCCCGCAGGGACCGACCGCUUGUCCCUCCCCCACCACGUACAACCACAGCUGGAAGGAGCCACUGUGCC